CCUGGUUCUCCAAUCCCACCCCCACUUGUACCUUACUCUCCAAGCCACGGCCGAGACACCUUCAUUCAUAUAUCUAUCCUGCAUGGCCCCGUCUGUCUUGCCCUCUCUGACUUCUACUUCAUCAUCACCUAUUACCAUCCCAUCUUCCCACCUCCUCCCACACCUAUAGGGCCGCUCCACUAUCAACCUCAUUAGCGUCCGAUACAUCUACAUCAUGGAUCUUGCCAGCCUCAUCACCCCGGGUCCCGAACCCGUCCUGUCCAAGGCAAAGGCCUCGUACAGCCCCCCGGCUUCUUCGUCUUUCAAGCCCUCCGUCGAGGGCUCGUAUUUCCCUACUAUGCCGACGUCAUACUCUCGCUCCCCGCAGCCACCUCUCUCCCCUCCGGUGGACGAACAGCGCAAAUUCUCCCUUCCCUCCAUCUCCUCUCUGCUCGAAGGCGCCGACGGUGCCGCCAUGCACGCUGCCAAGCGCCAGCGCUUAACUCCUCCCGCGCGCAGAGAGUCCGACGCCAGGUCGCAAUAUGACCCCGUCUCCCUGCACGGACUGCCGGCCAACAUGCCGCCCACUCCCCCGCUGCGUCCGGACUCGGGCUUCCACAGCAACGGCUACUCGCCCUCCGCAUCCUCCACCUCCGCCAUCAAGAUGGAGUCCUACUCGCAGGCCCCCGUGACCCUGCCCAGCCCGUCCGAGCGCUCCUCUAUCUCCAGCCAGGGCUCCAUCCAGAACGUCUCCAGCGGGCCCUACGCCUCGCCCGCCCCCAGCGUCGCCUCGUACACCUCGCCCGUGGAGCCCUCCACCACUGCCAUGUACUACCAACGACCCACCUCGUCCACCUACCAGAGCGCCGCGUCCCCCACGGCCGCUCCCAUGCCUCCCGCCGCUGCCCACCAGCCGGUCAUCUCUCCCGUCACCCCGGCCUGGCAGCACCAUCACUACUUCCCGCCCUCCAACUCCACCCCCUACCAGCAGCACCACGACCGGUACAUCUGCCGCACCUGCCACAAGGCCUUCUCGCGUCCCUCCAGCCUGCGCAUCCACUCUCAUAGCCACACGGGCGAGAAGCCCUUCCGCUGCACGCACGUCGGCUGCGGCAAGGCCUUCAGCGUGCGCAGCAACAUGAAGCGCCACGAGCGAGGUUGCCAUUCCGGCCGUCCCGUGGCAGCCGCCAUGGUAUAAACAAACGAAAGAAAAAAAACAACAACAAAAUACACCAAAAAAAAAAGAAAACUUUGAAAAAAAGGGCAAUAUUUUACUUGAUUGUUCUGUUUGAUGAUACCCCCCUGCGUGUUUACUUUUCUUCCCUUCAGCCUUGGCUUUUUUUUUCUUAUAUACAACGGGAAUUAAGGUGCAUACAUUUUUUUUUCUCUUUACAUAUUUUUGAACUGUGGAAGUUGUGUAUAUUUUAUCCCGUUGUCUUUGAUUGAUUGAUGAUUGAUUGACGUCGGUUAUCAUGUCAUAUGGGGAGCCACAGGCGGGAAAGGAGUUGUUGGAAGUGUUGAUUGUAUCUCUUUUGUGUGUCCUUCAUUUUCCUUUGUUUUGAUGACGUGACACGACUUGAAGAAUUGCUGUAUAUUUCAUCCAGAUGAGCUGGCUCUAAGGGAACCGGUUGAGCCUGGAUCUUGUUGAGUCUUUGUUGAUAGAUUGGCUUGAUUCCCGAUAUAUAUAGAAAGAGAAGCUAUU